CGCUUCGGUUGCUAAGUGUAUCCCUUCUGAAAACCCAGUAACGUCAAACUUGUUUCGCCAUGAGAACUUCCAUUAGAAUAUCCUUGAGGCUGGUGGCUCUCUUGGUUUGCUUGCUCUCCUGUCAGGCUUCGCUGGAAAGGGAGAACAGCGUUGGGAAUAAUAUGGCAAAUCACAAGCUGAGUGGCGUUAUCCAGUGGAAGUACGAAAAGCGUCCAUUUUGCAAUGCAUUUACAGGAUGUGGACGCAAACGUACUUACCCCUCAUAUCCCCCAUUCUCACUGUUCAAACGUAAUGAUGUCGAAGAUAAACCCUAUAACAAUGAGUAUUUAUCUGAGGGUCUAAGUGAUUUGAUUGAUAUCAAUGCCGAACCAGCUGUGGAAAAUGUACAAAAGCAAAUCAUGUCGCAGGCGAAAAUCUUUGAGGCCAUCAAAGAAGCCAGCAAGGAAAUCUUCCGGCAGAAGAACAAACAGAAAAUGCUGCAGAAUGAGAAGGAGUUGCAACAGUUGGAGGAACGUGAAAACAAUUAAGUCGGAUUAAUUUCCACAAUCGGAUUACUGGAAAAUACUGGACAAAUUAACUGGAUAGUUACCGCACUGGUUUUGUUAUUGUAUAUAUUAUCAUUAUCUGUAUUUCUUUAGAAUGCAAAAGAUUCUACAGCACUGGCAUGAAAUCAAUAAAAAUUGUUGACCUCACUUUUCAUGUCUUGAAUUGAUUUUUUUGUCUGGUAAGGUUUUCA